AGGAUCGAUGCCCUGGCCCUUGAGUAUCGACUACUAUCCAGACCCGAACGGCACAGAGACGUUCGGCGGCAUAUACCCCGCCCGCCUUUCACCCUUCUCCUCCCCUAUUUUCUUUCUUUCUUUCUUUUUCGCGGGGAUCCUCCUCCGCUCAGAUCCAGCGCUCGGAGUGACAGGAGGGCGACGAGUGCGGCGGCCAAACUCGCGGGAUCUCCCCGGCGCAGCGUACCCCGUGUCCUCUCCUCUCCUCUCCUGCGGUCGGCCUAGCCUAGCCUUGCCGCCGCCGAUCAAGACACCCGCCCCUUCCUCCUUGCAGAGUAAACAAGGGGUUCCUGAGGCCCCAAGAUCUGAGGAGAUCCGCUUCCUUUUGGUUUAUUUGUGAGGCAGUGCACCUGAAGAAAUGUCAGGAGGUCGGCAGACAUAUUGGUGCUUCCAGUGUAGACAGCGGGUUAGGCCGCGUGGACGGGAGAUGGAGUGUCCUUACUGUGAUGCUGGCUUUGUGGCUGAAAUGGAUGAUGUCGAUGCUCUCAUGAGCCAAUUUGUUGGGAUGUAUAGUGAUUUUCAUCGUGACCCAAGGUUCGGGAUCAUGGAGGCAAUGUCUACCGUGAUGCGACAUGGAAUGGGGAGCAUGAAUCGAGAGGCUGAUGUAAGAGGAAGGCCAAGCAUAUUAUCUGACCUGGAGACGGAAUUUGGUUCAGGGCCAUGGUUGCUCUUCCGUGGCCAGCUCCCCGGUCAUCUCUCAGAGGCCAAUAGUGGUUUCGACGUUUUCGUCAAUGGACGCCGUGGUGUUGGCAUGCGGAGGGCAGAUGUUGCAGAUUACUUUGUUGGGCCUGGAUUGGAAGAUCUGAUUGAGCAGUUGACUCAUAAUGAUCGUCGAGGGCCACCACCUGCCUCUCAGUCAUCGAUUGAUGCCAUGCCUAGUGUUAGGAUCACUGCCAGGCAUCUCACUGGAGACUCGCAUUGCCCUGUCUGCAAGGACAAGUUUGAACUGGGAUCAGAAGCAAGAGAGAUGCCAUGCAAGCAUUUAUACCACUCUGAUUGCAUACUUCCUUGGCUAGAGCAACACAAUUCCUGUCCUGUUUGCCGAUAUGAGCUGCCCACACAGAGCUCUAGUGGUGCCAGCUGCUCACGCUCAAGAUCAACCAACCAAAAUGACAGUUCAAGCAGCUCAAGUAGCAGUGGGAGAACCAGCGGGCGUCAGAGGAGAAGGAACCCGUUCUCGUUCCUAUGGCCUUUCCGCUCAUCAAGUUCUAGCACUGGUUCUCGUUAGAUUAGUCUGGUUACCUGGUUGGAGUUCACAAUGCUAUUUUUAGUGAAGAUGCUGAUCAAAUGUGCUUUAUGUGUGUCACGUCUUACACCCAAUAUGUAAUGUAUGGCUUGUUAUAGUCGCCCCACAAAAUGGAUUUCCUUGCGAGUAUAUAGUCAUCUAUCUUGCUAAAUUUCGUAGCAGCUGAUUUUGUUUGCUUUUACACAAGUCAGUAUAAACUUCUUUUUUUGAGAUUUCAAUAUAAACUUUUUGGGGGUGAGAGGUCGGAUAUUUA